AAUGCAAAGUAUUGUUCUUCCUGGCAUAACCUCCUACAAUAUGAAUGGUGUUACUCUAUCUGAAAGAUUGCUUUCCUAAUUUUACUUUAGACACUAGUUACCACUGCUAUUUUCCCCUUAGGACUAUCAAUUUCUUUCUUUCUUUUCUAUUUAGACCUGGAAAAGUAGAGGACAGUAAUGGGAAAUCACACACAAGUGACAGUGUUUAUCCUGGCAGGUUUGACUGAUGAUCCACAAUUGAAAGUUGUGCUGUUUUUCUUCCUGCUUCUCACCUACCUGCUAAGUGUCACUGGCAAUCUGCUCAUCAUCACACUCACCCUGGUGGAUGUCACCCUCAAGACCCCCAUGUAUUUUUUCCUUCGGAAUUUUUCCUUCCUAGAAAUUUCCUAUACUACCACAUGCAUUCCCAAAUUGUUGGUUGCUAUGGCAACUGGGAACAAAACCAUUUCCUUUAAUUGUUGUGUUACUCAAGUGUUUUUUGCCUUCCUUCUUGGUGCGUCUGAAUUUUACUUGCUGGCAGCCAUGUCCUAUGACCGCUAUGUUGCCAUCUGUAAGCCCCUGCAUUACACAACCAUCAUGAGCAGUAAGAUCUGCAUGCAACUUGUCUUCUGUUGUUGGCUUGCUGGGUUUUUUGUCAUCUUUCCACCUCUCCUCUUAGGCAUAAACCUUGACUUCUGUGCCUCCAACGUUGUUGAUCAUUUCUACUGUGAUACAACUCCCCUGCUGCAGAUCUCCUGCUCAGACACACAGCUCUUAGAGACCAUGGGAUUCAUUUCUGCAUCAGUGACACUUGUGGUCACGUUGGUAAUGGUGAUAAUAUCAUACAGCUUUAUUGCGUUAACAAUUCUAAAAAUCCCUUCAACUAAUCAGAAGAAAAAGGCUUUUUCAACAUGUUCCUCUCACAUGAUUGUGAUAUCUCUUUCUUAUGGCAGCUGUAUCUUCAUGUACGUUAAGCCGUCAGUCAAACAAAGAAUAUCUUUUUCCAAGGGAAUUGCAGUGCUCAAUACCUCCAUUGCCCCACUUUUAAAUCCUUUCAUUUACACUUUACGGAACCAGCAAGUGAAAAAAGCCUUCAUGAACAUGAUACAAAGGGUUGUUUCUUUCUCAAGCAAAUGA